UACGAAACUUGAGUGUUUGAGAGCAGCCGGAACCUUAAGCAAGUUGAAUUUUGAACGGAAAAUGUAUAAGUUGGCAACUUGUCUAUGGUUUUUUGGCGGUUUUAUUUAGGGACACAAAGAUCCUCUCUUUGUCUUUGUUAUGCUUCUGUAAGAAAAAAGAAACCUUUCCUUCUUGACUUUCUCGUCAAAACCCCCAGUUUUAAACAAUCCUCGUCUACUUUCAAUUUUGUUUCAGUGUCUUUGAACCAACCCCAUUUUGCUUGAUGUUUUCUUCGUCAGAAAAACUAAGCUGACAGGUGAAAAAAUGGGAUUGUUGAGUACUUUGUUGGGUAUUAUUGGCUUUGGAAUUGGAAUUCCUUUUGGACUCGUGGUUGGGUUCUUUCUCUUCAUUUACUCCAAGCCCAAACCUGUAAAGGAACCAAUCACUAGGCCACUUUACGAGCUAGAUAGCAGUGCAUUACUGGAUCUUCUUCCUGAUAUUCCAUUAUGGGUGAAAUGCCCUGAUUAUGAGAGAGUGGAUUGGCUGAACAAGUUUGUUACUGAUAUGUGGCCAUACCUUGAUAAGGCAGUUUGUGCUAGAAUAAGAAGCGUGACAGAACCCAUAUUUGCAGAGUAUAUUGGGAAGUUUCAGAUAGAAGCCAUUGAGUUUGAUAAUCUAAGUCUUGGAACUAUUCCUCCAGAAAUUCAUGGUCUUAAAGUCAGUGAAAGUAAUGAGAACGAACUAGUCCUGGAACCAGCAAUUAGAUGGGCUGGCAAUCCAAACAUAGUUUUGGUGUUGAAGCUGUUGUUUUUCCGAAUCACAGUUCAGUUAGUGGAUUUACAAAUGUUUAUGGCACCACGGAUAACUUUGAAACCUCUUGUACCUACCUUACCAUGUUUUGCAACUGUUGUAGUAUCUCUGCUGGAUAAGCCUGAGGUAGACUUUGGGAUGAAUCUACUUGGAGGGGAUAUAAUGGCCAUACCCGGCCUUUAUCAGUUUAUCCAGAAAACAAUUAAAAGGCAAGUAGCAAGCCUCUAUCUUUGGCCACAAACACUAGAGAUACCUAUUCUUGAUCCUGCAACAGUGGCUGUAAGGAAGCCUGUUGGAAUAUUACACGUGAAGGUUGUGCGGGCACAAAAACUCCUAAAGAAGGACAUCCUAGGAACAUCAGAUCCAUAUGUCAAAUUAAACCUAACUGGAGACGGGCUGCCAGAAAAAAAAACGACCAUCAAGAAGAGGAACUUGAAUCCUGAAUGGAAUGAGGAGUUCAAGCUUAUUGUGAAGGACCCCCAAUCUCAAGUUCUUCAGCUACAAGUCUUUGACUGGGACAAGGUUGGUACUCAUGACCGGCUGGGAAUGCAGUUUGUUCCCUUGAAACUUCUUACACCCUAUGAGACAAAGGAAUUUAAACUUGAUUUGCUGAAGCACACAAAUGUUAAUAUUGAUCCUCAAGAUAAGAAGCAAAGAGGGAAAAUUGUGGUUGAGCUGACAUAUGCACCUUUUAGAGAAGACAGCAUUAAAUUAGAUGGUCCUCAUGAUGGAUAUGGGAGAAAGGAAAGCGGAUUAGACAGGCCAUCUGACAGUGAGGUCUUUGGCGGAGCAGGCCUGCUUUCAGUUUUGGUUCAAGGAGCUGAGGAUGUUGAGGGUGAACGCCAUAGUAAUCCUUAUGCUGUGGUCCUUUUCAGAGGAGAAAAAAAGAAGACAAAGAUGAGUUUAUUGUUUUAUAUAAAAGAAAGAAAUACAAAAUGGUGUUUUCAGAGGAUCAAGAGAACCCACGAUCCCAUUUGGAAUGAAGAGUUCCAGUUUAUGCUUGAAAAGCCUCCUUUAAAUGAGAAGAUCCACAUCGAGGUUAUGAGCAAGCGAAGCCGCAUUAGUUUCCGAUCUAAGGAACGCUUGGGAAACGUGGAUAUCAAUCUCACAGAUGUUGUCCAUAAUGGACGUAUCAACCAGAAAUACCACCUAAUCAAUUCAAGGAAUGGAGUGAUACAUGUUGAAAUAAGAUGGACGACUGUUUGAGAAACAGCUUGAGUAUACAAAAGUUUAGUGAAUGCCUAGACCAGAAGACAUGUAAUAUAAUCCCAGUUAAAUUUUAAGAUCCACUACAUUUUUUGCCAGAGUUGGCCAAUCAUUCCAUUGGAUUAUGAGUGUAUGAUCGUAAGUUUGUGUAA